UGAUUGGUUUACAUAAGCACUACUGUUUGAAAGUGCCUUGUCCUCUCGCGCUAUAUCCUCUCGCUCUCGAUUAUGUCCAUAGACACAGAACAAUGGGAUUAAUUUACACUCUCCGCGUUUUAAUCAAAUCAUUUUUGGUCGUUCUUUUGUGGUCCAAAUGCGAGGGUCGGGACUCGGAGUUUAACUACGUCACCUGCGGUUCGCUCGUGAAAUUGCUGAACACGAGACACAACGUUCGGCUGCACUCCCAUGAUGUAAAAUACGGCUCAGGCAGUGGGCAGCAGUCUGUGACGGGCGUCGAGAGUGCAGAUGAUGCCAACAGUUACUGGAGGAUUCGGGGGAAGCCCAACGGGACCUGCCAACGCGGCGUGCCCAUCCAGUGUGAUCAGGCCAUCCGCAUCACUCACAUGACCACGGGACGCAACCUCCACACACACCACUUUAGCUCGCCGCUGUCCAACAACCAGGAGGUGAGUGCGUUUGGUGAGAACGGCGAGGGGGAUGACCUGGACGUGUGGAGGGUGCAGUGUGACGGCUCCAUCUGGGAGCGGGACGAGGCGGUGCGCUUCAAACACGUCGGCACCGGCGCCUUCCUGAGCGUGACGGGCGAGCAGUACGGCAACCCCAUCCGCGGGCAGAGGGAGGUGCACGCCAUGGGCACUGCCAACCAGAACAACUACUGGAAGGCUAUGGAGGGUGUCUUCAUUCAGCCCAGCCAAGAACCGCUGAGACACCAUCACGAAGAGCUCUGACGACAUCAUCACGACGAGCUCUGAUGACAUCAUCACGAAGAGCUCUGACGACACCAUCACGAAGAGCUCUGACGACAUCAUCAAGCUAAUGAGACACCAUCACGAAGAGCUCUGACGACAUCAUCAAGCUAAUGAGACACCAUCACGAAGAGCUCUGACGACAUCAUCAAGCUAAUGAGACACCAUCACGAAGAGCUCUGACGACAUCAUCAAGCUAAUGAGACACCAUCACGAAGAGCUCUGACGACAUCAUCAAGCUAAUGAGACACCAUCACGAAGAGCUCUGACGACAUCAUCAAGCUAAUGAGACACCAUCACGAAGAGCUCUGACGACAUCAUCAAGCUAAUGAGACACCAUCACGAAGAGCUCUGACGACAUCAUCAAGCUAAUGAGACACCAUCACGAAGAGCUCUGACGACAUCAUCAAGCUAAUGAGACACCAUCACGAAGAGCUCUGACGACAUCAUCAAGCUAAUGAGACACCAUCACGACGAGCUCUGACGACAUCACAAUGAGGGCAUCAGACAUCGUCACAUAAUAUUGCGCCUAGGCUUCGUCUGAAAUGGAACCCUAUUCCCUAUUCUAUAAUAUAUACCCACAUGACUCUGAUCAAAAAUAGUGCACUAAAAUAGGGAAUGGGGAGCCAUGUCAGACACAGUCCAAGUCGACUGCAGGAUGACACUGAUGCAGCUAACUGGGUCAAGAUGACGCCUAUGACUUUAUGACAUUCUUUUGUAUACCCGUUCCCCAACCGGGAACAACGUUGAUGACUAUUGACUACUGACUAUAGGCUUACAUUAGGAGCAUCAGGCUCUGUGCAGUCAGUCUCUGUGCAGUCAGUCUCUGGUGACGUGAUCAGACGGGGAGAUGAGAAGGUUGUCUGACAAUGAGAAUCAGUUGACGUUUUUUGAAUUUGACACAUCUCUGGGAACAAAAAUGGGGUUGAAGAAUUUGGCUUUGUUUAGUUUGAGGGAGAUAUCAGAGGUAUUAGCACCUGAAAUCUAAGGGAACCACUGCCAUUUCCAGGUGAAUGUACUGUGCCUGUCUACUCCUUAGCGACCGACUGCAUACAUCCUGAUGCUAAUAAAAACAUUGUCUUGA